AUGAGUUUAUUGGCAAUUUCAGCAAUGUCACCCCCACACAAACCAAAAACCACCAAAACACUUCCCUUGCACUUACUUCUCCAAUUAAAUCAUCUUUUGCAGAAAUCAAUAUUCAAUAGGAAAUUUUAUCAAGAAAUAAAUGAUAAAGUAUUGAGUAAAACAUCAACUGUUGAUCAAAAUUUGUAUUUCAUUUGUUAUUUCUCAUUAUUAGUCUCAUCAAUCCUUAAUAACAAGUAUCAAAUUCGUGAUUUUUUACGUAGUCAACAUUAUAAAUUAUUACAAUUAAUUAAAGGGGGGGCUAACAGGUUAAACAUAAAUACUUCAAAUAUCAAAGCUUUUAAUCAACCAAAACCACAACCAACUCCAGAAUCACAACAAAAGCCAUCCAAAUUAGCCUAUCAUUUGAAAAAAAUCAAUCUGUAUUUAGCCGAUGUCAGAAUUUUUAAUAGAUUAACUGAUUCAAUCAAAUACAUGCCAUGGUUAAUCGACGAAUACCAUUCAUGGCGCAACCCUCAAGCUGCCACACCCAAAUUUGAUCGAUUUAUCAACAUGAUUCAAGCAUUAAACUGUAUCGUGUUGGAAUUAUUUGAAAAUGCUGGUUGGUUAACUGAACAUGAUUGGGUGGGAACUGGUGAUAAUAAUUAUUGGUGUAUUGAAACUUAUAUUUGGUGUUGUCGUGUUUGGGGUGCUUAUUUGUUGAUUGAAAUCGUGGAAAUGUUGAGAAGAACUCCCUUCAGUAAAUGGAGUAAUAAACAAUGGCAAAUUUCCUUGUUCAAGAAUGCCGUUCAAUUACCCUUGGUGUUGCAUUGGUGUUUGAGAGAUGGAUGUUUGACUCCAUUUUGGGUGGGACUUUGUGGGUCCGGUGCGUCGUGGUGGAAUUUCAAAGAUAUGUGGCUGUCGAUUGAUUUAUCAUAG